AGAGAGAGAGAGAGAGAAAGAACGAGAAAGAGAACUGAAGGGAGUGGAGUGCGCGGUUGUCCGGGCGGCCAUUGCGGGUACCUUGUCGAAAACCGCGAAGACGAUAAAGUGCAUUGUGUUAGGCGGAUUAAAAUCCAGAAGAAUCAAGAGUCAUCCUCGUAUCAAGGUGCUCCGUGUGAAGCCCGGUACGCGCACGAAACUCCGGUCCGAUGGCUGAGACCGACAAGUUAAACAUUGACAGCAUCAUAGGUCGAUUGUUAGAAGUACGAGGUGCUAGACCAGGAAAAAAUGUACAAUUGUCCGAAGGAGAAAUUCGGGGACUUUGUCUCAAAUCCCGUGAAAUUUUUCUGUCACAGCCUAUUUUGCUAGAACUUGAAGCACCGCUUAAAAUAUGUGGUGAUAUUCAUGGUCAAUAUUACGACUUAUUGCGACUUUUUGAAUAUGGUGGAUUUCCACCCGAAAGCAAUUAUCUCUUUUUAGGAGAUUACGUUGAUAGAGGAAAACAAUCUUUAGAAACCAUUUGUCUUCUUCUUGCCUAUAAGAUCAAGUACCCUGAAAACUUUUUCUUACUCAGAGGUAACCAUGAAUGUGCUUCUAUUAACAGGAUAUAUGGAUUUUAUGACGAAUGUAAACGCCGAUACAACAUUAAGUUGUGGAAAACAUUUACGGAUUGCUUCAAUUGUUUACCUGUUGCUGCUAUUGUCGAUGAGAAAAUAUUUUGUUGUCAUGGUGGUUUGAGUCCGGAUCUUCAAAGCAUGGAACAAAUCAGACGUAUCAUGCGACCAACGGAUGUGCCAGAUCAAGGACUUCUUUGUGAUUUAUUAUGGUCUGAUCCAGAUAAAGAUACUAUGGGUUGGGGUGAGAAUGAUCGUGGCGUAUCUUUCACAUUUGGCGCAGAAAUAGUUGCUAAAUUUUUACAUAAACACGAUUUUGAUCUGAUAUGCCGUGCACAUCAGGUAGUUGAAGAUGGCUAUGAAUUUUUUGCAAAGCGACAAUUGGUAACUCUAUUUUCGGCUCCAAAUUAUUGUGGCGAAUUUGAUAAUGCUGGUGCCAUGAUGUCGGUAGACGAGACGCUCAUGUGCAGUUUCCAAAUUUUAAAACCAGCUGAUAAAAGGAAAUUCACUUAUGGCGGUCUGAAUGCAGGACGACCGGUAACACCUCCACGAGGUGCAAAUAACAAAAAUAAGAAGAAGUGAAAUUAUUAGAAUGGUUUUUGGACGCAAAAAACUUAGGAUCUAUCUACCGUUUCCCACAUCCGUUAUUUUUUGUUUUUUUUUGUUUUUUUUUUGUGUUUUUUUUUUUUUUUUUUUUUUGACAUUUGGAAUUCUUAUAAAUGCGAGUUGCUAUUAAUUCAUUGUGAAACAUAGGGAGUUCAUUCAAAACUAAAGAAAAAGAAAAAAAGAAAAACAAAAAAAAAGAAAAGAAAAAAAAAAGCAAUGACUACUUAACAAAAUGGUAGGUAUAAUCCGGAGAGGCGUUGCUCGUUAUUCGCAAGAGAUUUGAGAAAAAAAUAAUGAAAGUAAUUCAGUUACGGUAAAGUAGAAUCUAUCGAUCGGAAAUUGAUUUCUGUGUGUACGUAUGCACGGUCGACUUAAAUAUGGAAUAAUAAACAAACAAAAAAAAAAUAUAUAUAUAUGUUAUAAGAAAAGGCACGAAUUAACGAGGAGGUAAAAAAAAAAGGGACAAAAAUAAUAAACACCGGGCAUAAAGGACGAAAAAUUUGAUUAAAAUGACGUAGAUCUUAUAAUACUAAUAAUAAUAAUAAUACUAAUAAUAAUAAUAAUAAUAAUAAUAAUAAUAAUAAAUAAAUAAUAAUAAAUAAAUAAAUAAUAAUAAUAAUAAUAAUAAUAAUAAUAGUUAUCACUCGUUCGAUAAAACGAUCUCUGAACUGUAAUAUUUAGCACUCUUGCAGCUUUUAUAUAGUUCUGUCAAAACUGUGACAUCAAAUUAUAUAUACAUAUAUAUAUAUAUUAUUUUGUUUCGCUUAAAUUUCAUUUGUAAUAACGCGAUACGACCAAAAAAAAAAAAAAAAAAAAAAAAAAGAAAAAAGAAAAAAAAAAGAUAUCUGGCAAUUUUAUUAUAGCAAAAUAAUAUACGAUAUGUAAGCGCGAUAAUAUAUUAUUAGUAACUGCCUAUGAUCGUAAACUAUCGACUGUAAUACGUCCAUACGAAUCUUGUACAAAGUAAUAUUAUUAUAAUCGAAGCUCAACGUUUCUCUGAAAGAAAAUAAAAAGAACGCUCGCACAAACUUCAUAAAACAGAUUGGUAUAAAUGAAUCAAUGGAUUUGCGUAAUGAACGUCUUUAUAUAUAUAUAUAAAAAAAAAAAAAAAGAAGAAAAAAAAGAAAAAAAAAAAAUAAAUAAAUAAAGAAAAAA